AUGCAAUGGAACAAUCAUACAUCCAUCACCAGUUUCAUUCUUUUGGGCUUCCAAAAUUUACAUCAACUUCAAAUUUUACUCUUUCUGUUGUUUUUGGCCAUGUAUAUUGUAACUAUAAUUGGUAAUGUUCUUAUAGUGAUUCUAGUUGUGAUUGAUCAGCGCCUUCACACUCCUAUGUAUUUCUUCCUAGCUAACCUUUCCUUCUUGGAGGCAUUUUAUAGUUCUGUCAUUACUCCAAAGAUGUUGGCCAACUGUGCAGCAGAAAACAGAACUAUUUCCUUUAGUGAAUGUAUUGCCCAAUUAUUUCUUUAUGUCAGCUUGGGCACCACAGAAUGCUUUCUUCUUGCAAUCAUGGCAUUUGAUCGCUAUUUAGCAAUAUGUAAACCACUCUUCUACAACAUCAUCAUGAACUUCAAGCUUUGCCUUCAGCUAGCAACUCUCUCCUGGUUCUCAGGCUUUUGUCUCUCAGCUGUCUCUGUUGGGGGUGUUUCCAGGUUAUACUUUUGUGGCCCCAAUGAAAUGGACCAAUUUGUUUGUGACAUGGAAGAGCUGAUAAAACUGUCCUGCAAGAAAAGCAAGUUGACAGAAAUGACUGUUUUUCUCUCUUCUGUCAUUGUAACACUAAGUCCCUUUCUCUUCAUCAUCAUUUCCUAUGUGUACAUUAUCUCAGCUGUCUUCAGUAUAGCUUCCUCUGUUGGGAGACAGAAAGCCUUUUCAACAUGUGUCUCCCACAUUACAGUGGUGAGUUUGUAUUAUGGGACUAUCAUUAUUUUGUAUGUAAUUCCAAAAAGAGGUCAAACUCCAGAAUUUCACAAGGGGUUAUCUGUUAUAUACACUGUUGUGACGCCCAUGCUCAAUCCCAUUGUAUACAGCCUCCGGAACAAGGAUGUAAAGGAAGCUUUUAAGAAAUUAGUAGCACUAAAUUUUAGUAUAGUUUAA